UUGCAAGAAUCAAUUUUGAUCAGAAUCGAAUUUAUUUAUCAUGCCAUACCACCACAGACUUCCCGAGGACUUCGAGGCCGACGUUAUCGUCGCUGGAGGCGGCCUCGCCGGUUGUGUUGUUGCUGGGCGACUUGCCGAAGCAGACCGAAAUCUGAAGGUCCUCGUGAUUGAACAAGGACCAAACUCUUACGGCACGCCAGAGGUCGUCUACCCAGCUCUGUAUCCUCGGAACUUGUUCCCGUCCAGCAAGCUCACUUUGUUCUGGAAGGGCAAUGAGUCCAAAGAGCUGGCUGGACGAGGUCCAAUCGUCCCAUCUGGAGGAACCCUCGGUGGUGGCUCUGCCAUCAACUGGCUGGUAUACACACGUCCCAGCCGAAGCGACUUUGACUCGUGGAAGUCUGAGGGUUGGUCUGCGGACGACAUGAUGCCAUUCUUGAAGAAGCUCGAGACUUACCACGGAAAAGGCGAUAUGGAACGACAUGGCGACAGCGGACCCAUCAAUAUCUCCAAGGGCACGUACACCUGCAAGAGGUCUGAAGACUCCUUCAUAGAGUCGGCUGCGGCUCUCGGCUACGAAGAAGUGCAAGACCUCCAGAAUCUGGACAACGUUGGUGUGGAGAGAUACUACCGCUACGUCGGUCCAAACGGCAGGCGUCAAGACGCUGCUCAUCGCUACAUUCAUAAUAAGCUUCAGGGCGAUGACUACCCCAACUUGCAUGUCUUGACCGAGAAGCAAGUUCUCAAGGUCGUGUUCGAGGGUAAGAAAGCCGUUGGUGUAGUCUACCAGACCAACCCCCGGUACAUGGCCAACCCUGAAUUCUUGAACGUUGGAUACACCUCUCCACGAACCGUCAAGGCUCGUCGUAUGGUAGUCGUCAGCGCUGGUGCUAACGGUACUCCGGGCAUCUUGGAGAGGUCUGGUGUAGGUGACUCGGAGGUCCUCAAGAAAGCUGGUGUCGAGGUCGUUGAAGACCUGCCAGGCGUUGGAAACGACUACCAGGAUCAUCACUUGUCACUGUGGGCAUACCGAACCAACUUGAAGCCGAGAGAGUGCAUCAAUGGCUUCCAAGACGGACGCUUCAACAUCGACGAGGCGAUCAGGAUGAAUGACGAGCUACUUGGCACCAACGCCAUGGAUGGACAGGGCAAGUUCCGUCCGACGGAGGAAGAGGUCGAUGCUCUCGGACCGGAGUUCAGGAAGGCCUGGGAUAGGGACUUCAAGAAUGUUCCCGAUCGUCCAUUGAUGAUCCUCGCCCUCUACAACUGCUACUACGGCGACCACUCCGUCCUCCCCGAUGACGCCGAGUACGUCUCCCAAGCCAACUGGACCGGCUAUCCAUUCAGUCGCGGAUUUAUACAUAUCACCGGUCCCUCCAUGGCCGACAAGCCCGACUUCGAAACCGGCUGGCUCAAAGACGAAGGCGACAACGACGUCAAGAAACAUAUCUGGGCCUACAAGCUGUCCCGCGAAAUGUGGCGUCGCAUGCCCAUUUUCCGUGGAGAAUUGGCCAUCAACCACCCCAAGUUCCCGGAGGGCUCGAAAGCCGCUGUGGUCGAGAAGGCCGACGGGCCAUUGUCCAAGAACAACGAUGAGAGGAUCCCGUAUACGAAAGAAGACGAUGCUGCGAUUGAGCAGAAGGUUCGCGAGAUCGUGUCGACGACUUGGCACUCGUUGGGAACGUGCAAGAUGGCGCCGAGGGAGAAGAAGGGUGUGGUUGAUCACACGCUUAGUGUGCAUGGUCUGGAGAAUUUGAAGUUGGCGGAUUUGAGCAUCCCGCCGGAAAACGUGGGUGCUAAUACUGGUGGUACUGCGUUUGUGAUUGGUGAGCGGGCGGCGGAUCUGUUCAUCAAGGAGUUGGGGAUUUUGGAGAGGCAGGAUUCGCCGGUGCAGGCUUGA